AUGGCAGGAGAAGAUGGACUAUGGCGGAGCCAGCUGCAUUCUUUGCGUCAUGAAAUAGCAGGGACAAAUGCAGAGCUGCAGCGGCUGGAAACACUGACAAAAAGUGUUAGAGAAGAGCCAUUGCUGGAGGAGGAAGCAGGGUAUGAAAAAUCAACGCCUCGGCAGCAAAUAUGGACGGGUACAUCGCGGGUAAUUGAGAGCCUGCAAAAGGAGAUUGAUCUGCUGAAAGUGUCACGGAAUGCAGCAAUUACAUCGUGUGAGUCAGAAAGAAAGGCAAGGGAGGCGCUUUUGAAGAGGUAUAUGGCGAUUAAGGAGAUUGUUGAGCGUCUGCAAGUGGAAAAUGAGAACUUUAGCAGUAUUCUGGCACGGAAGGAGCGUACAUUUAAAGAGGGGAUAGAGAAGCGUAAGGAGCUUGAGCUGAGGGUUGAGAAGCUGGAAAAGAGGAAUUCAGAGCUGGAAGAUGAGUGUAAUGGGGAUCGUAAGCGGAUUAGAGAGAUGAAUGAUGAGAUUAUUUGCAAAGUAUCACAGCUUUACAAAGCAGAGAAGGAAUAUGACACGUUGGGGAAGGAGAUAUUGUCAUUGGAAAAAAAAUACAGAGUGGAACUGGAAUGUUUAUCGAGUCAAGUAAGUUUUUUGCAGAAGCUGAGAGAAGAAGAUGGGAAGCAUAUUCAGCGGUUUGAGGAAGAAAUCAAGCAAUUGUCGUUGGAAAAUGUUGCAGAGAGGGAAAUGAUUCAGAAAAUACAAAAGCAGUUUGAAGAGUCUCAGGAACAAUAUGCUAAUAAUUUCCAGGAAAUACUAGAUGCGCUUAGGAAACGCGUUGAAUCUUCUGAAAAAGAAAAUGAGAAAAAUAUUGAGCAAGCAAAUGAAGUUUUAAAGGAAUUGAACAAUUUGAAUAAUAAAAUGCGCCUUGUAAACAUUGGUGGAUUAAAUAGAUAA